AUGUCGAGAUGUUGGAGAAACUGGACCGGAGAGCGAAUGUCACCGCCUAAGGUGGCAGAUUAUAUAAAGUCAGUUUUCGAUAGCGGCGAUAUCACUGUGGAAAUAACAGAUAAUCAAGAUGUGAUAAAGAAAGAGUAUCCUAUGAUGGCGGCUGUCAAUCGCGCUGCGAAUACAGUAAAAGACCAUCAGGCGCGUCUCAUUCGCCUUGAGUACGUCGGCGAAGGAACCAUUGAAAACACCUACUUUCUAGUCGGAAAAGGCGUUACAAUUGACACUGCUUUGGAGCUGCUGAAGCCGAGGAAUAUCAAGGUGGUCGGUUAUAUGUGUAUGGUUCGAAACAGCAUCGGUUCUCAUGGCUAUACGACCGACGAAGUGCUCACAGCAAGGAGUGGAAAGCGAAUUCAUAUCUACAAUACAGAUGCAGAAGGGCGGAUCACAAUGCUCGAUCCGUUGACUAAAGCUAAGGAGGAGGCUCUUAACGAGGUUAAUCCUCAUUUGAUGACCAUCGCUACCCUAACUGGGCAUGAAGUGUUAGCGUACGGGUACUAUGCUGCCUUUAUGGACAAUGGACCAGCGAAGCAAAGCGGUUGGACUCGUCGAGUUCAGGAUAUUGGAGAUGCUUUUGGUCAGCCUAUUGAAAUCAGUCGUAUGAACAGCUACAAAGAUUUCGAUUUUCAUAAGGCGGAGUGCGAGCAAGCACACAUACGUCAAACUGGUCUGAAGCCGUCUGCUCAAACUCUGCGAGGUCAUCAAUGUCCGGGGGCAUUUAUGAUCAUGGCAUCUCGACUGGAUGAACAUGGGUGCGACAGCGACCAUCCUUUGAAAUUUACGCAUAUUGAUAUGGGCAGUGCAGCUGGCGAACAUCCCGAAACGAGUUUUCCAAAUCCGCUCGUCACCUUGGUUGCAGAGUAA